AUGGACUCGCCUCCAAACCCCGAGGUGCUUCCCGUCCCAACUUCACUGCGUGACCGUUCUUGUGGUGUGCAUACAAUUAUACUCCAGUUUCAACAGAAUUUUGCCCAGAAAACGACGAAACGUUCCUUUUCGGGUAUGGAUAAAUUCGCGGAACUGUGCGGACGAAAUGCGCGUGGCAACUGUCUAAAUUCGAAGUCGUGCGUUCCACAACUCCGAAAAUUUAAUAUGGCUGUUUCUGAAGGUGACGUCCGUGCUCGGCUUGAGGCGCUGGAACCAGAACAUGUAGAAAUCAAGGACUUUUCUGACGGUUGUGGUUUAAAGUUUGAUGUCUUGAUUGUCUCGGAUCAAUUUGAGGGUAAACCACUGCUCCAACGUCACAGGCUUGUUAAUAAUUUGCUCAAAAAGGAAAUGGAGUCAAUUCACGCCUUGACGCUGAACACGCUUACAAAAAAGCAGUGGGAAGAAAAACAGGCCGCUUCUAAAAGUUAA